AUGUGCAGGGUGUUCCCCACUACACUCAAGGGACUAGCAAGAGUGUGGUUCAGCAAACUGUCCCCCAAUACCGUCUCUACCUUCAAGGAAUUGAGCAAACAUUUCGUCACCCACUUUAUCAAGGGCCAAAGGUACAAGAGAUCCUCAGUAAGCCUGUUGAACAUUAAACAAUGGGAGGAUGAAAGCUUGGGAUCAUAUGUGACUCGUUUCAACAAGGAGACCCUUUUGAUUGACAAGGUCGACGACAAAGUCUUGGUCACUGCAUUCACCAACGGGCUCCAGUCGAGAGAAUUCUUUUUCUCCAUCUACAAGAACGACUUGAAGAUGUUGGCUAACAUGUUGUACAAGGCCAUUGAAUACAUGAAUGAUAAGGAUGCCAUGAUAGCCUACGGGGGCAGAACAAAGAAAACGGAAAGGCAAGACGAUCCCCAUCAGGAUAGAGGAAGAAAGUCUACCCGAACGAAUGACCGAAGGGAUGAUAGGAAACCAAAACCUCCUCUUAGGAGGACUGUCAACUUCACCCCGCUAAACACUCCACUUGACCAAGUUCUCAUAUAG